UUAUUUUUGUUGUAAAUUGCAAUUGUGUUUUGUUUAUUGUAGGUAAAAUUGGGUCCCUCAUCAAAAACAAAAACCCUAGCACACUUUGUGUCUCAAAUCUACAACCAAAAGGAAAAUAGCCGAAAGGCAUUUUCCCAGCUAAGGUAGAAGGAUAUAUCAUAUCAUGAUAUAAUUGAUUUUUGGUCAAAAUUAGGGUUUCAAUCAAAUUCGAAGAAAAAAUGUACAAAGGUCGUGGUGGUUCUGCCUCCAAAUCGGAGGAUCGAAAGCGAAUCAACGAUGUUCUCGAUAAGCAGCUUGAACGAUCUUCUCCUUCAACUUCGCGUCCCAUCAAUGGCAAAAGCAACAAAGAGAGAGAAACCAAUACCAUCAAGGAUCCUCUUCUUCAACGAUCCUCCAAAACUGCCAAUAUCUCUGAGGAGUCUGAAACAGACAGUGAAGAGUCAGAUGUGAGUGGUUCUGAUGGAGAGGACACAUCUUGGAUCUCAUGGUUCUGCAAUCUCAGAGGAAAUGAGUUCUUUUGUGAGGUUGAUGAUGAUUACAUCCAAGAUGACUUCAACCUUUGUGGAUUGAGCAGCCAAGUGCCUUACUAUGAUUAUGCUCUUGAUUUGAUUUUGGAUGUUGAAUCCUCUCAUGGUGAUAUGUUCACAGAGGAACAAAACGAGUUAAUUGAAUCGGCAGCAGAGAUGCUUUAUGGUAUGAUUCAUGCGCGAUACAUAUUGACAAGCAAAGGAAUGGCUGCUAUGCUUGACAAGUACAAGAACUAUGACUUUGGUAGAUGCCCAAGAGUUUACUGCUCUGGACAACCUUGUCUUCCAGUUGGUCAGUCGGACAUUCCUAGGUCAAGUACUGUGAAAAUAUAUUGCCCUAGGUGUGAAGAUCUUUAUUAUCCUCGGUCCAAGUAUCAAGGCAACAUUGAUGGAGCUUAUUUUGGAACAACAUUUCCACACCUCUUCUUGAUGACAUAUGGACAACUGAAGCCGCAGAAACCAGCUCAGGGCUACGUUCCAAGAGUUUUUGGGUUCAAACUUCACAAGCCAUGAAGCCGGAAGUUUAAGCUUUCAUGAAAGUAAGAGGCUGCCCGAAUCUCAUUCAACUCUUCUGUUGUAGUACUCCUUGCAGCAUUCAGCGGAUCAAAACCUUUUCAAACCAGUAAAAUAUAGACAUCCGUUUUACUUGUUUUAGGAGCGUGUUGUAAAGAAAUAUAUGCAGACAUGUGAAGCAAGUGCCUAGUUUCACUUUCAGCUUCAAAUUCAAUGAGCAAGUGCUUAGGUACUUGACGACACUUUUUAAUGUCUUGUUACAAAUUGUAUUUGGCAAUUUCCGUAAUGUUUUUUGUCUCUGAUUACAUAUAUCUGCUAUUUCGAUAUUGUUUUAUUCCA